ACCCGAUCAAACUAAGAAAAUCUCGUUGCAUACGUCCCUUUUCCAUACCACCACAUUUGCGAUCUUCGCGGAUCAUCAUGUACUACGCGUUGCGCAACAACUUGGCCGCAACAUAAUGCUCAAGGUGCGUGCAACAUUUUUCUUAAGACCAACUUUCCGAGAGAUUUUAUUACACCUGGUUGUGUUAGUUGAACCGCGCAGAUGAAAUAGUUUCGAAGGGGUCGUCCGCGAGUGCCCGUUAAAAUGGCCCAAAUCCGGUAAAAAUUGUCGCGAUCGUGGUCCAAACAGUGACCCGCGGGUGCCGGAACGUGCGAUUCACGCUUUGUGCGUGUUUUUCGGUGGAAAUUUGCACGAAAUCUGCGUGGAAAGUGCCUUUUUCCAAGUGGGCGAACGAGGAAUCCUCCCAGGAGGGUCUCGAUCGUGGAGAACGCACACAAGUGAACGCGAGAGGGCGCGCAGAACGGAACGCACACAACUGCGCAGCGCAGAAGAAAACGUGAUCUUAUUGGGGUCUCUCUUAUGAGGACCCCGGCCAGGUGAAGAGUAGUGUGAGAGUGUAUUCGUGGGGACGGUCUCGCGCGAUCACCGUUUGUUUAUGUGAAAUUGUUGGAAUUCCUGAGCCUUGGAGGCCCCUCGAGAUCGUGAUCGUUAAUGUAUGUACCAGAAGAUCGUCCAGAAGUAGAGUGGUGGUCAAUUCAGGGUGUGUGUGUAUGUUUUGGAUGAAUCGUCGUCGUGUCGUGCGUAGGCUUUCGAGGCCUUAACUUGCGGCCUCGGUGUGUUGUUAUUUUGCCGUCAGGGAAAAACCACGCAGCGAUUCGUAAAAUCGAGGAUCGACCAGCAGUUCUCAGCUGAAUCGAGAACUGUCCCGCUGUAUUGGUGGUGCUGGUGCCAAUCCGUCCCCCGGACUUCUCCCGAGUCACGAGGACAGCGAACAUAUUUUGCUUUGCGGGCGACGGACGACGCAACAGGGGACGGGGAAGAAAAUCCACAUUUCUCCGCAUCGCGCAACCGAUCAUCAUCGUCAAUCGGUCCUCAUCAAUCCCUUCCGGCUGCUGCUGGACGAUCGAACCUAAUUGCUUCGCUGGAAAUCUUGAGUUAAACGGUUAAACGGCAGUGCAAUUGAAGAAAUCCUUCAGCUCGUGGUGCAUCAGUUGAUGAAUACUAAACAAGUGAGACCGAACCGACGAAAAAUAAGUGCAAAAAGUGAGUUAAAAUGUGCCAAAUCUGUGAGUCGGUGGUUCAUAAAGCACGAGUACAGUUGAGUUGAGCUGAGUUGUGUCGAAUCUGCAUAUUCGCGGGAGGAGAUAUGGAACGAAAGUUGCAUGCAAACGAAAGAAGACGACGACUGAUUCAGCCGAUGAGUUCAUCGACCACGGUGAGCAGACGAAGAAGAAACUACUUAGUACGGAAUUACGCGAACUGUCCUCAACGCCAUCACCAGCCACGAACGUUGCCAUAGCUUUUAAACCACAUUUUACAACAAAUUACACCCUCACCACAAUGGCCGAGUUCCUUCCCCUGUGCGACGUCCUGUUCAACGUGAUCUCGCUGGCCGGCUACUUUUGCAACGUGGUCUUCGACGUCGUGCUCGGGUACGCGCUGUACGAGCGCCAAAAGUUCGCCUACUUUGCCACGGUGAUCGUGAUCGUGAGCUUCUCGCUGGUCAUCUCGCAGAUUGUCUCCGUACGAUGGUACUUGAACAAGCGCAAGCUGCGGAACUCGACGGCCGCCGCGACGGGGCCACCUGGGGAGGACAGUCCGGAGAAUAGUUUGGAGAAGAAAAAGAAGAAACCUCCGGUUGAGGAGCCGUCCGAUUCGGCACGUUACAGUCGAUGGGUGGUGUUGGCGCUGCAUGCGACCCAGUUGGGGGUGCUGUGGCGAUACGCCAAGUUGUUCGUGCCCGUUGAUCUGCGUCACGUGAAGCACGAGGUUCGGGAUCUUUGUAUGCUCCGGUUGGUUCAUGCCUUCUGCGAGGCGGCUCCGAUGCUGCUACUGCAGCUGUACGUUCUGGUGAACCUGCAGAACGAGAACCACAUGAACGCGGUGAAGCUUAAGGCGCUGGCCAGUGGGCAUCACCUGUCCAGUACGGCCUUGGUUCAGCAGACGAGUUUGGCCGAGCAGCAGCAGAAGACGUUUCGGGAUCUGAACAUGGUUUCGGCUACGUUGUCGUUGUUCAGCGUUUGCUGGGCACUGGCUAGCUUCAGCAAGAACGUUCGGCUGCAGAACGUACACCGACUGGUGCUGACCUGGCUUGGGGUGAUCUUCCAGUUUUUGUGGCGGCUGGGAACCGUGAUAUCGCGGGUCAUCUCGUUGACCGUGUACGCCUCGGUGUACAGCCAUUGGGUGUUUCUGGUCAUAAUUCUUCACUGGUUCUCGAUGUUUCUGUGGCUCAUCUCGCCGAAGAAUGUGUUCCACGGUGAACGAAUCUCACGGCUGAAGAAGGCAACCCUCGGUGGGUUGAUCGCAUUCGUGUACAUCUUUGCGUACAUCAACCUGCAGGAGGUUCGACAUCGACAAAAGAUGCUAACCUUCUACAUCGUGAUGUUCAUGGAGAACUGCCUGCUGGUGGGCCUCUGGAUGGUCGGAAUCUGGCCGAACCGUCCGGAAGGUUGGUACACCAUCCCGAUCUCGGUGCUGUGCAGCUUCGCGAUCGGCCUGUUCUUCAUGGUCGUGUACUACCGGUACUUCCACGUGCGACGACUCGGGUACGAAGCCGGUGGCCGGGCACCGUGUGAGAACGGUACCGCGAAGUGUACUCGCUGUGCGGAGGUUUGUCGCUGUCGGGACACUUCCGAGCGAGGGGCGGAGGCCGGGAAGGUUUUUGGAGGCUGUGGAAGUCAAAAGUAUCCGCACUCGAUUCCGGGAGUGUUCAACUGUCGGUUUUCGAACCCGGUGAAUGCCGCCACGAAGCGGAAAAAGAAGAAACCGACCACGUUCGUGCCGCCGCCGAAUCUGGCCAUGCAACCGAGUGGGGCGUCGGACCAGGGAACGCCGAUUGGACCGAUGGCGAUCCCGUUUUGGAGGAGGCCACUGCCGCGAUCGCAUACGGGAGGAUCGAGUGAGAACGAGGGUAGCAGUGUCGGAUCCAGGGUUAACAUUCAACAGAAGCUGCAGGAGAAGAAACAGAAACAGCUGGCAGAACUAAAGAUCAUCGAGGAGGAGAUCAAGCAGGGCAAACUUGGUGGCCCCGGAACGGGAACGCUCAGUUCAGGAGAUGACGGAAAGGCUACUCUGCCAAGACAACCAAUUCCUCGCGUCAAGAAGCACAUUGACAUCGAUCCAAUGGAGUGGCGACCUUCAUCCCCAGACAUGGCGGAAAUUGCCGUGGAAAAGUCCUUCAACGAUCUCAACCUGCUACUAGCCGCCAACCUGGACGACGUCAACAACCUCAACAAGUUCAGCUCGAACUACGAUCCGAUCUACAACAGCUUCGGCCUCAACGGAAUCAACAUCUCCGCCCUGGUCAACAUGAAAAACGCCGAAGCCCAGCAAGCCGCCGUCAACAACCGGAACAUGUCCCCAAUCUCAUCCCAGAUAUCCGCAACCGAGAGCAAUUCCCUCACCCGUCAGGUCCACCCCCGCACCAAAAUGCUUCCAAACAACGUGCCACGAAACCCGUUCGCCGAAAACUACCGAGGAAACUUUGUCAACCUGUACGCGGACGCCGCAGCCAACAACAACCGGCCACCCUCAAUCAGUCCGCGCACCACCGAAGUGGCCACGGCCAACCGAGCCGUCCUGUACGACAACCACAGCAGGCUCUACAUGGACGCGAACCACCCCCGGCAAAUCUCCGGCACGUACAGCAGCAUCGAAAAUGGCGGCGCCGCCGACAACCUCCCCUUCCCGUACAACGUGGUUCCGCCGCCUCGCAGCAAGCUGGACAGCCGGGCAACGCCGACCAUGCCCAACAACAGCGCAACCAACACGGGCUCCAGUAGCGGCGGCAAGAACAACACCACCGGGAAGACCCACGUGGGCGGUGCGGUUUCCGUGCCGAUCAACAACCUGAACAAGCAGCGCCAGAUGCAGCGGGCCAAGACGCCGGAGAUACUGCUGGCGCCGCACUAUUUGGAGAAUUCGCGCAUUUACUACGACUGGGUGGCGCGGGAGGCGGCCAAUUUUAGGCUCCAAGAAGCUGAUCGCAACCAAUCGGUGGUCAGCAGCGGCGACGAGAACCUGGACGCCGUGGACGACGGUAGCAACCCUCACCGAAUCCCGUCGGACAUCGACAGUCAGGUCUCCCUGCCCCGUUCGUACACGCUGCCGCGCGAGUUCAAGUACUACCGGCGGAACAAGGCCGGCCGGAAGGUCAUCAAGAACGAGCACUUUAUCGCCAGCACCAACAGCAGCGACGGCGACGUGGACAGCGGCGACGACAACGAGUCCGAGCACCACUCGAACCACGAAUCGCCGCACCAGCUGCCGAUCCCACGCUCGAAGAACGCCACGCCCAGUUCGAACAUUGGCCCGCCGACAACUUCGCAACGGCUCAACAACCUCAACAAGGUCUCGGCGGCGGCGGCUCCUCAUCAGAACAUUUCGCCAAGCGCGACGAUGCACUCGCGGCAAACGUUGAACGCCACACCGCAGAGCAUGGUCAGCAUGGCGAGCAAUUCCGGUGCGAGCUACGGCAACAGCAAUCAACAUCUGAUGAUGGCCAACGGCGGUGGUCCCAAGCAGGUGCACAGUCUGGACCUGAUCAACGGGGUGAUGGAGAACGUCGCCGGGGGAGGACCGCCGCCGUACAACAACACCAGGCCGAUGCGGUUGCGGAUGUACGGCGCCAAGAACGGGAUGGUCCGGCACGAGACGAAGCUGUGAGGCUUACGGGCUACGGGCUGGAAUGGUUAUUUAUGAUGUAGCUGUACGUUAGGUUUAGGUAGUCCAUGUUUUAUUUUAUUUUAAACUGCAGGAACUAAUUUUUUGAACAAAUUAUUCUCUAACUUGUGAUAUAAUUUUAACUCUUUUUUCAUAUUGAAGAUUUGUUGCCUGAAUUAUUAGAAGAAAAGAGCGAUACAAAAUUAGAGACUGGCGCUUUAAAACAAAUUCUCUUAGGAUAUAUGUUAUUUACUUACUUAAACUCAAUUUUUAGAUAGUUUAUCCAAUGAGGUUUUAAUUAUAAUCAGAAUUAUUUUAAUUAAAUAUAAAUUUUAGUAAAUUAAACAAG